AUGCUUCACCUAUUUAUUGCUAUUGCGUUGACCAAACGCACCUUUAAACUACAAUUCUUCGACUAUGAUUGCCUGAAUCUAACCUCACAUAUCAAAGUGUUUGAAUGCGUUUUCGAACGACAGUCCGCCAAUCGUUUUAUAUUCAGCGAACGUUUAAUGUUGUCCCGGGAUAUGAAUGAAAAUUUCGAAAUGCAUUUGUUUAUCAGUGCCAAGCCGAGGUAUGGAAAAAAGAAGGUACAAUUUAUCGAUGUCCGCUUUAAUGUCUGUGAGUUCUUGAAUCACCCGCUGCAAGUUCAAAUGUUGAGGAGUUUACUCCUGGAACUUUUCCGCUCGAGUAAUAUUCCCCUGAAUUGUCCCUUUAAGGGGGAUUUCCUUUACAAAAUGAACAACUUCUCAUUUACCGAUGCCUAUUUUCCACGCUACACACCAGCCGUGAAUUUCACAUUUCAAAUGGAAUUUUUCGAUGGCAAAACAAUGUUUGCAAUAACGAGAAUAACUGGCGAUAUCACACCAUCGCGUUGA